GUUUUAUGACUCGUGAUGCCAUUAUCUCUGACGCUGCCACUGCCCCAAUAAUCUUUCUUUACAACAUUUUUAAAUAAAAAGGAACAUCAAGUAUAAUAUUUUACAGAAGUUCGCAAGAGAAUGCUCAUUUGUAUUGGAUAUGUCUCACUUAUUGGGAUGAUUCCCUAUUCAACAGAUCCUUAGAUCAUUUAAGUGUAAAGGAAUAAUUUUUUGCACAGUCAUGAAAGUCCUUUAUCGCCAUUCAAGUCAUGCUUUCGAGCUUCCUACGAACAAGAGGGCACCAAGCAGGCAUUUCAGCAAAUUAAGAAUCAUGAAAAACAUCGCCGUCCUUGGCGUUGGAGUCCACCUGCUCUUCUUUGCGUACGAUGGACUCUCUAUGUUGCAAAGCACAAUGAAUCGCGAGCAAGGGAUAGGCGUCAUAUCCCAAGCCACCCUAUAUCUCUGUUUUUGCAUCUCCGCCGUCUUGUUUCCAAAGUACGCCAUCAAGAAGCUGGGCAGUAAGUCGACAUUUGCGUUUUCGAUGCUAACCUAUCUUCCUUACGUAGCUUCGAAUUUUUAUUCCCACUGGGCUUUGGUGAUCCCCACAUCCAUUUUAAUCGGUCUGGGUGCAGCUCUUCUGUGGGGCUCACAGGCUACUUAUUUAAAUGAUAUAUCUUUGAUGUAUGCUGAACUAAUCUCGAAUGCCAGAGAUCGAAAACGGCAGAGAAAUAGUGGAAGUGAAAGGAACAGCCUAAGUCGCCGUGAAAAUGUGAAAAGUCAGAGUAAAAGAAGUUUAUCGUGCAAUCCUAGUUAUUUUGUCAUUUAUAACAAUGAGGCUAAUAAUUUAAUGCUAAAAUUAAACAAGACAACUGAUGCAAAGCGUUACAGCUUUCCAGUCGCGGAAACACCUGGAGCAUUCACUGGAGCAGAUAGUAUUAAUCGAUGCAUAGAGGACGAUGCUGCUCAAGAAAAUGAACGAAUGCAUUACGGAUCGCUAGACGAUGUUGAAAAAUCCAGCAGAUAUGAGCACGGUGAAAAAGGUUUAGCUGUGGCAAGUAGUAUAGAAUCUUCAAGACAGCAGUUAGAUAUGAGUGAACGGAGUAAAGUGAUUGAAUCGACAACAGCCAGAAUUUUUGGUUUUCAUGGUGUGACAUAUCUUUCGAGUCAUGUUACGAGCAAUCUGAUGACGUAUUACAUUCUUCAAAGUGAAAUUCCAGAAGGCACCAAGAGCAAUUCCAGCUGCGUCUGUGGCUCCGAUUACUGCAAUGUCGAAUCGCUGUGCUUUGAGCAGAAUAUAGUAGCACCGAGUGAUCAGGUGCGAUAUAUCCUCACGACGGCCUGCGUUUGUGUCGGUUUUAUUUCAGUACUUAUAGUUUUUUUGCUUCUUGAUCCGCUCGAAGAGGAGAAAGAAGAAGUGUCAUUCUCAACGGAUCUGCUGAUGGCCACGUACAAACUGGGCAAGAGAAAGGAACUGCUGCUUCUCAUACCGCUUUCGCUUUAUAUUGGCAUGGCGCAGGGAUUCUUCACUGGAGAUUUCAAUAAGUCUUUCGUAGGAUGUGCAUGGGGCACCUACCACGUUGGAUUGGUCGCCAUAUGCUAUGGGGCCGUAUCGGGCGUGUCCUCCUUUUCUUCUGGGUGGUUGGUGAAGCGGUUAGGGAGGAUCGUGAUCUUCGUCACAGCAACCGUGGUGCAUUUGGGGGCAAACGUGUUCCUGCUGUCGUGGAGCCCCAGCGCAGACGAACCACACAUGUUCUUCAUAGCUGCCGGUUUAUGGGGAAUGUUCGUUGGAGUAAUCUGGUCUCAGUUAAGAGCGUUUUACGGGGUUCUUUUCAAAGCGGAUGAGGAAGCCGCUUUCGCAGCCUUCCACGUUUGGUACUCCUUGGGAUUCUCUCUGUCAUUUGCCUGCAGCAACUACAUCUGCACAGGAGUCAAGAUCUACAUUCUCUUAGCAAUCUGCAUUCUGGGAUUUCUGGGAUAUUUGAGUGUAGAAAUGUUGCAUUUGAAGAAUAAAGUCAAAGACUAA